AUGGCAGGAUUAUUUGAUUUAGAACAUCACCUAAUAUUCUAUAGAAGUUAUCAUUUCAACAGUACAAACGUAGCAAUUCAUUUAGUAUGCAUUCCCAUCAUAUUGUUCACAGCAAUAUCAUUUUUAAGUUUAAUUAACUUCCCUUCAAUUUCAAGUAAUGAUUAUUUCAACUUUGGUAAUAUAGUUGCAUGGAUUUAUGGUUUAUAUUAUAUUGCAUUAGAUUGGAAAUUAGGUAUUCCAUCAGCUUCAAUUUUAAUAAGUUUUGGGUAUUUUAUUAAAAGAGUUUAUUUGAGUUUGGAUUCUGUUGAUCAAGAUAAUUUUUUGAAGUUUACUAUUGGAUUACAUAUUUUAAGUUGGAUUGCUCAAUUCUAUGAUAAUUUACUAGGUGCAAUAGUAUUAGCUCCAUUUUUCACAGUAUUUGAAUUUGCUUUUUAUAGUGGGUUUAGACUUGAUGUUAAGAGGAAAAUGGAUAAUGAAGCAGCUAAAAAUAUAAGAGAUUUUAAAGCUAGAGAAAAAGCUAAAAAAGCUGGGGUUAAAGCUAACUAG